AUGUCUUCCUAUAUUAUCACGUGCAAGCCCGACGCAACCGACGACCAGGUUCAGGCCGUUAAGGACCACGCUAAGGAGCAAGGUGGCACUAUUGGACACGAGUACUCGCUGAUCAAGGGCUUUGCUGUUUCUUUCCCCGAGGAUACGGUUCACAGUCUCGACUCACACCCGCACGUGGAGCAUGUCGAGGCCGAUCAGGAAGUGAAGACGCAGUAA